UCCACCUCCCAGAGUGAAUUCUGUUUCAUCAGGGCCAAAACUUGGUGACAUGCCCAUCAAACCAAGAACAACCCCUCUGCCUCCACCUCAGAAGCUGAGUGAUCGAGCAAAGGAGAGGCGUGUUCCAGCUUCUAGAGUUAGUCGGUUGAUGAGCUAUGGAGGCCUUGCUGCAGGUCUAGGAUUGGGAGCUUUGACUGAGGUAACCAAAAGGUCAUUUGGACUGAAGGAAAAGGUGACAAGUUCUGGUAUAAUGGAUUCAAGUCCUUUUCUGACGGAGGCAAAUGCUGAGAGGAUUGUCAACACUUUGUGUAGGGUUAGAGGAGCAGCUCUCAAGCUGGGACAAAUGUUGAGUAUUCAGGAUAAUUCAUUCAUCAACCCACAGCUGCAGUCUAUUUUUGAGCGGGUACGACAGAGUGCAGAUUUCAUGCCAUCGUGGCAAAUGAAGAAAGCACUUAAUAAGCAUUUGGGGCCUGACUGGAAAAGUCAUCUUUCAGAAUUUGAUGAAAAGCCUUUUGCUGCUGCAUCUAUUGGACAAGUUCAUAAAGCAAGACUCCUUGAUGGUAGAGAGGUAGCAAUGAAAAUUCAGUACCCUGGAGUGGCAGAGAGUAUAGAUUCAGACAUUAACAACCUAAUGGCAGUGAUGAAUAUGUGGAAUAUUCUACCAGAAGGUUUGUAUGUUAAAAGUAUCAUUGCUACUGCUAAAAGGGAAUUGGCAUGGGAGGUAGAUUACAUUCGGGAGGCCGAGUGUUCCAAAAGGUUCAGAGAGCUUAUAAAGGGUGACCCAUUUUUAUAUGUGCCAGAAGUUAUUGAUGAACUGAGUGGGAAAGGUGUCCUGACUACAGAGUUUAUCGAGGGUGUUCCAGUGGAUCAGUGUGUUAACAUGGAUCAAGAGACCAGAAAUAAGAUAGCUGCAGCUUUGCUUAAGCUGUGCUUGACUGAACUUUUUGUAUGGAGGUUUAUGCAGACAGAUCCCAACUGGGCGAACUUCUUUUACAACCCAGCAACAGAUAAGCUCAUUCUGCUAGACUUUGGUGCUAGUAGAGAGUUCAGUAAAACCUUUGUGCAGAAAUACAUCCGUGUUAUCAAAGCAGCUGCUGAUCGUGAUCGACAGAAAGUGUUGCUUGGCUCACGAGAGCUUGGCUUUCUCACUGGAUAUGAGACAAAGGUAAUGGAGGAAGCUCACUGUGAUGCUGUUGAAAUUUUAGGCGAGGCAUUUUCUGAUGAAGUAUUUGACUUCAGCAAACAGAACACCACUGCACGUAUUCAGAAUCUCAUUCCUGUAAUGAUGAGACAUCGUCUGACUCCGCCACCAGAAGAGACCUACUCUCUGCACAGAAAAAUGUCAGGCUCCUUUCUACUUUGUACCAAGCUGCAAGCCAAGGUGGACUGCAAGACAAUGUUUGAAGCUAUCUGGAAUAAUUUUGAAUUUGAUGACAAUGAUGGUCUGAAUUUAUGA